AUGUACUUGGACAACGCCGUGGCGCCUGGGACAUCGAUGUACUGCUUCUCCGUGUACAUGGCAGACACUGGCAGCGAUGGCAAAACCGAGCGCCCCGACGAGCUGAACUUGCUGAGGGCGGCGCACGACAGGAAGAUGGGCAUCUUUGCGUGCGAGCAGUGGGGCAUCUUCAGCGACGUGGCAGGCGACCUGAAGCCUGGCGUGCCCUUCGUGGCGGUGGACGAUGCGGACGGCGAUUUCCACAUCCUCAAGCGCAAGGAGACUGGCACGUGGAUCAACACAGGACUGCACACCCAGGUCUGGAAGGCGAUCAGGGCGGCCGGAGACUACAAACGCGCCGACUGGGUGGUCAAGGUAGAUUGCGAUGCGGUGUUCUUGCCGAGCCGCUUGAGACCCUUUCUUGCCUCCCAGGGCGAGCCUGGGAGCGGUGUGCCUGGCAUUUACCUCGAGAACUGCAAAUACGUCAAGUGGGGUUGGUUCGGAAACUUGGAGAUCAUGUCGUUGACUGCCGCUGACACGCUUUUCCCGAACAUCGAGUGGUGCAAGCAGGUCCUGGACUGGAAGACGGGAGUGGAGGGCGGCAAGUACGGGCCGAUGGGGGAGGAUCUCUUCGCUCAGAGCUGCUUGGACGCCAUGGGUGUGCGCCGCGGCGGGGCGUUCGACACUGUUCUGGACGCGGCCUGCGAGGCGGAUCGCCCAGAGGCCGAAAAGAAGAACAAGAAGUGGAGGCCCGAUUGCACCGAGAAGAAGACCGCAGCAUAUCACCCCAUGAUGAAGGUGGCUGACUAUGUGAAGUGCUACGAGAAGACAGUGGAUGCUUUCGGGUACUGA